UAGAUUAGGUCGAGUGUGCUCUCACAGACACGGAUAACGCAAAACCUCUCUGUCUUCCCAAAUCCACCACCUCACAACGACGACGACGAUGGCUCUUUCUACUGGAAUCUUCUCCACCUUCCUCUGCGUCAAAACGGUGCCGUUACGCAGCUCACCGUUCCUCCGUGUUUCCCCUCCUCAUCCGGCUAACCUGCGGAUGGUGCGAGCCGUGACCUCCGCGACGGCGGCGUCCUCCGAGCCGUCAGCCACCAAGACUCGGGAGCCACGUGGCAUCAUGAAGCCUCGCCCAGUGUCCCCCGAGAUGCAGGACGUGGUGGGUGAGCCGGUGAUUCCUCGCACGCAGGCUCUUAAGCGCAUUUGGGCUUACAUCAAGGAACACGACCUUCAGGAUCCACAAGACAAGAAGGUUAUAAUCUGCGACGAGAAGCUGAAGAAGAUAUUCGCAGGCAAAGACCGUGUGGGAUUCUUGGAGAUUGCAAAGCUCAUCGGUCCUCACUUCCUCUGAAUGAGAAGACAAUCGAUCACUAGCGUAUGUUUACAUAUUAGUAACGUUAGGUUUAAGAAGUUUUAUGCAACAAAGUAGUAGUCAAGCCCUUUGGGACGAUAUCUUUUGCGUUUGUUGGUUAUGUGUCUCUUUGCUUCAGAUUGCAGUUUAAAAUUUGCUAUGUUUUGUCUUAGGACUUGAGCAACUCUUCGAUGCAUCGUUUCUUCAUAUUGUCAA